AAAAGAAAAGAAAAAUAAAAGGAAAACCAAAGUCGUCUCUCUCUCUCUCUCUCUCUAUCUCAAAAAUUCACCUCUUUUCCUUUUAUUCUUGAAUACUAAUUGCUCCCAAAAACCCUAACAAUUUAUCAAAAAUCAUUGGAGCCUCUCAUCGCAAUUAAGCCUUUCGUCAUCGGCGUGUUCGUGAAUUAUACAGAAACUUGCUCAAUUUGGGGAAUUUUGGCCGAUCUGGUGGUGAAUUUGGGGUGAGGCAGGCAAUUGUGGAUUUUAUGGUGUCUUUCUCUACUGAAGUUGCAUAUCUCGAACUUACUGUUGGCAAUCAUUUAUUUAAUGGAUGAUGGCCAUUCCUAUGGAGAAUAACAAAGAAAACUCUUCAAAGGAGCUUGCUCAGCGUCUAUUCAGUAAGAAUGUUGAGUUGGAGAACAAGCGAAGGAAAGCUGCACAGGCCAGAAUCCCUUCUGAUCCUAGUACAUGGCAACAGAUGCGUGAAAACUAUGAAGCAAUUGUCCUUGAAGACCACGCCUUCUCUGAGCAACACGAAAUAGAAUAUGCUUUGUGGCAACUGCAUUAUAGGAGAAUUGAGGAGCUUAGGGCUCUCUUCAAUGCCUCUUUGGCUUCAGCAAAAUCAGCUGCAGCCCAGAAUGGGAAAGGUCCAGUUCGUUCUGGACCUGAUCGAAUCGCAAAGAUCCGUUCGCAGCUGAAGACUUUUCUUUCUGAGUCAACUGGAUUUUAUCACGAUUUAAUGUUGAAGAUAAAAGCUAAGUAUGGUUUGCCAUUAGGGUAUUCUUCUGAUGAUGCAGAUAAUCAGAUAACCAUGUCAAAAGAUGGAAGUAAACUCUCUGAGGUGAAAAAAUGCUUGAUAUCCUGUCACCGUUGUUUGAUUUAUUUGGGGGAUCUUGCUCGUUAUAAAGGCUUGUAUGGGGAAGGAGACUCAAAAGCUCGGGAUUUUGCGGCUGCAUCUAGUUACUAUAUGCAAGCUUCUUCAUUCUGUUCCUCAAACGGCAAUCCACACCAUCAGCUUGCUAUACUGGCUGGAUAUUCGAGUGAUGAACUGGUGUCUAUAUAUCGCUAUUUUCGAAGUCUAGCAAUUGAUAACCCUUUCGUUACUGCAAGAGACAAUUUGGUCCUUGCAUUUGAGAAGAAUCGUGAGAAGUAUAUCGAACUAGUUGGUGAUGGUAGAUCUACCGUAGCGAAGACGAUAUCUCAAAAGGCGCCUGGGAAAGGCAGAGGCAAAGGUGGAGCAAGGACCCCUUCCAAAGAUGUUGGACUGGAAAAUGUUGCAGUUAAGGAGAGAACUUCAGAUCACUCUGAGCUCUUCAAAGCUUUCAUAACGCGAUUUGUUAGGCUGAAUGGCGUUCUCUUUACUCGCACAAGCCUGGAAACUCUCCCCGACGUGUUUUCAACGGUUAAAAAUGAUUUAUUAGGACUGCUUUCUUCUGGGCAAGACGAGGACUUGAACUUUGGUUCAGAUACUUCUGAGUGUAGACUUGCAAUUAUUAGGAUGAUUGCGAUUCUAAUAUUUACGGUGCAUGAUGCGAACGAGAAUGGAAACCAAUCAUAUGCUGAAAUUGUACAGCGUUCAGUGGUGCUUCAAAAUGCUCUUACUAGCACCUUUGAGUUUAUGGGCUGCAUCCUUGAACGGUGUAACCGGUUAAAAGAUCCCUCGUCGAGUUAUUUGUUGCCUGGGAUUAUGGUUUUUGUUGAGUGGUUGGCUUGUCGCCCUGAUGUUGCAGUUAACCGUGAACUGGAGGAGAAACAGCAAAAUGCAAGAUCUUUUUUCUGGAACAAAUGUAUCUUGUUACUUAAUAAGCUCUUAUCAAACAGAUAUAUUUUUGUUAAUCAGCGUGAAGAGGAGGCAUUUUCCUCUAAUACGAGCAAGUAUGACGAGAGUGAGACCGCUAACCGUCUUGCAUUAUCUGAGGACUUCGAAUUGAGAGGAUUUCUUCCUCUUCUUCCUGCCCAGCUUAUCCUUGACUUUUCACGGAAGCAUACUUUUGGUGGUGAUGGGAUUGGAGGCAACAAAGAGAAAAUUGCUCGCAUGCGGAGAAUUAUUGCAGCUGGAAAGGCUCUUGCCAAUGGCGUCCAACUAGGGCAGGAGGGAGUCUAUUUUGACUCGAAGUUGAAUAAAUUUGUCAUCGGCAUUGAGCCUCAAAUUUCUGAUGAUUAUCUGCUCACCCGUCCUUUGGAGCCCAACUCAAAUAGUAGCUCGGUGGGCAUUUCAGUUGGGGGUGGUCAUGCUAUAAAGCAAGAGGUGGGUGUGGGAGCUGAUGAAGAGGAUGAGGACGAGGUGAUUGUUUUUAGGCCGUCGAUGAACGAGAGGCAUGUGGAUGAAUUCUCUUCAAAUUUGACUUCCGCAGAGGUUCUUCCUACUGUUCGUGUGUCUGGCAAGAUUGACAAUGUGAAGGGAAAUGUGUCCUCUGUUGUGAAUGAUAGUUUACUCUUUCAGAGCAAAGUAAACGCUAGACCAUCGGCAACUGUUGCUAGUGCUACUUCUCAGUAUCUGCUUCCAGUCGAACCCAAUAUGUCAAAGUGGCCAGUAGAACAAGCUCCAAAUUUGAAUGGUUUGGCUCACUUGAAUUUGAUGGAAAACGGUUCUUCGCUGAAAUCUGAGCUGCAGGACCAGUUUGAAGUUUCUCAGCCUGCUGCUCUUUCUCUGCCAUACCCAAAGUUUGUCAACACUUUUUCUGGCUAUAAUAAUUUCUCCAAUCAUAUUUCAGAAGCUUCCGUGUCGUCAAAGUUUGACUCCAUUAUGUCCUCGAGAGCAUCUUCUGAUGGCCUGCAUGUGAACCCGUCUUCCAUCAUGCCACCAGGCUUCAAGAAGAAUCCAGUGAGCCGACCAGUCAGAUACCUGGGCCCACCACCUGGCUUUGGUUCUAUUCCUUUAAAGGGUGUGGACGAGUCAUCGAAGAUGGCCUUUACUCCAGUUCCACAAAUGGAUAACUACAGCUGGUUAGAUGGAUAUCAGUUGUCAUCUUUGAACCAAAGUGUUGGGUUCCGUGAUUCCAUUAAUCAAGUGGGGCCUACAUUUUAUGAUGUGAACAGUAGUAACGGGUCAGUGGGGAUAGCAAACUUCCCUUUCCCUGGGAAGCAAAUCUCAUCGUUGCAAGUCCAAGGUGAAAACCAGAAAGGAAAUCAACAACCUGUCGGGCUUCCACUGCAGUAUCAUGUACAGUCUCCUGGGGAAGGUCGUUUCUUUGUGUGAGAUGAUUGAUGGAUUCAUAGAUGGUCGUGACCGAUUCACCGGUGCAAAUUUCUAUGGCCGGGAGCUAUUAUUUCAUCCAUCAACUUUGCAGAAUGGGCAACUUAAUGAAGUUCUUUUUUGGACAUGGUGAGAGUGUAGCAGGCACAUGCUGUUCAACAGCUUGUGUCGAGCUUUCUGGAUCGAUUAAAAGGAGCUUAUUGUAUCAAUAGGUGAAUUACUUGAAUAUUUUGUCUGGUUGAAUCAGUUUGGUGAAGACUUCAUGGAUACUGGAUUUAUGGUGGCUGUUGUUUUUGGAUGUCUCGGUGGAAUUAAAAGAACCUCAAGAAAUUCCAGUGGCUGGUGGUGGUAUAUUUUAUCCGAUGACGAUAAGUUUGAAAGGUCAAUGUAUUUCGUUUCAGUUUGAAAACGUGAAAUGUGUUAUGGUGGUGGUUAUUUUAAUAAGUAGGCGUCUGUGAACGCUUUGUAUUUCGACUUUCAUGGUUUUGUUUUAGUUUUUCUUUUUCUCCAAAAUCGAGACGUUAAAUUCGGAGGUUGAAUGUUUGGGUCUGUAGUACGUUGGAUUUUGUUUGUUAUUUGGAUUUGCAAUUGUGAUGAUGCUUUGCUUA